AUGAACGCAAAGGUACUGCGGGUGUACUUUAGGGCAAAAGGGGAAGAAACUCGAAGUUUGGCGUAUCGGGCUCGGACGCAUCGCUUUUUUGCAGAGCUGGAGCCAUCUCUAACCGUCACUGAGCAAAACCUGUCAGACGGAGUUCGAUACAUCCUGCGCUCCAACAUAUUUGGUGACGCCGAACCCGAACGACUACGACGUGAGGCUGUUCCCUCGUCGGAUAAAAAUGCUACGCCUGGGAAUGCGGUGCUACUAAUUGCACAGCAACCAGCAUGCGUGGAUUCCACCGCGGAUAUUCCAGUUGUGGUUAAUUCAGACGAUGGAAUAGUCUCCCACAAAUUAGAGACAAUGAGGAACAUAUUGGAAGAGCCGAUGCUAGAAACGCGCAGUACGCCUCUCGAAAAUCGACCGCGACUUCCCCCGCAUACCCCUAAGCAAGCGCAAUCGGGCUGUGGUGCGGGCGCUUAA